AUGACGGUCGUCUCUGAGCUUGAGCAACCGCUCUCACAAGAGAUCCUGGACUGGGAAUCCCCGGCAGAUAUCAUGAUCCUGGACACCACGAUUGAUGCCGACAUCUACAUGCUAAAGAGGAUGUCGCCUAGGCGGGAGAAGUCUCCACCACAUCCUCCUCCAAUGGUGGAACCAGACAGCAAGGAGUGGGUCAUUGCCUUGCGAGAUGAGAUGCCGGAGAAAAUUGGAAGCGAUCCAGGAAACACGGGAAAGGACAGACCUGGUCGAAGGCAUGGAACCGUGAUGCCCCCCUCCCCCAGGAGGGCUUACGGUUCUAACAUGAUAGUGUUGACUGUAGCACAAUCUGAACUGAAAAAGCCUUUCAAGAUGAAGAGUGACUCACAGGAGUGCCGUCGCGCGGAGGUGGAGGCACCAACGGUAUCAUCGGCGGCGGCGGAGGCGGUGGAGGCUGGCCCAUGCUCUGAGAAAAGCUGGCCAUGUACUCGUACCAGGCCUUCUGCGACUGCUGGAAGGCCUCAAGCUGGGCCUGCACUCGCGCCCUCUCCUGUGCCAACUCGGCCUGGUGCGAUAGCUGGAGGGCCUGAAACUGGCUCUGUAGAUGACCUAAGAACUAACCUAACCACCAUAAACGAUGCAACAAAGGAGGUCAAAGAGUCUCUGAAGUUACGACAGAUAAUGCAGACCAUUCUCACACUGGGGAAUGCACUAAAUCAAGGGACAGCACGAGGUAUUUUAGGAAGGUGCUUCUAUGCUUCACCCCCUGGGAGUUCCACCAACCUAAAGCACAAAGUCAAGAGUGAAUUUGAAUGA